AUGGAGACAACAACCAGAGUUAUGUAUGUGAAUCAGACCACUGCUGUGGAGAGUCUAAGUGCUGCAGCUACUACUAUGAGCUCUGGUGUGAGUUACCAGCUUCCUUCUCUCUGCUCCCCUUUCACCCUUCUCUUUUCUCUCCCUGUUUUAUUCCAUGUCUCCUCUCCUCCAUACAGUGUAUGCCUAACCAUAGUUAUUUGUGUGAGCCUGUUGCUAUCUCCUCUGUUCUCCUCUGAUCUCCUCUGUUCUCCUCUGUUCUCCUCUCCCCCUCUAUCCUCUCUGCAUAUCGUAGUCCCUGUCUAUCCUCUGUCUCCAUAGGUUGUGUAAGUCUUGAGUUGAUACUGUGAGAGGGUAGCUCUAGUUGUUUGCAGGCAGGGUUGUAGUCUCAUGUUACUGGUGCAGUCCCUUUUAUAAUAACUCAAGACUUACUGCAUGGGCUUUAAAGCUACUGAGCCUGGAGCAGUUUUUCAUUUGUUGUUUAGGCCUAUGUUGUGCUAAACAAAUUAUCCUGAGCACUGAGGUGUGUGUGUCAGAGGUUUGAGGCCGACAGACCUGUUGGAAACGGCGUAAUGCUUAGCUCUGUUUUCAGGGUUCUGGUUGGUGUGGACCCUCAUCAUCAUAUUGAUGUGCUGCUGUGUGUGUCAGCGCCGGCGCUACAAACAGCGCUUCCAGCAGCAGAGGAGACAGAACGAGAUCAACCUCAUUGCAUACAGAGAGGCCCACAACAACACACAACAUCUCCCACUCUAUCUCAGUGAGUGUCUGUCUGUAGCAUAUGUUUGCGUGAUACAGCACAAUAAAAAGUACAAUACAUAAUACUAUCGGCCUACAUGUCAAUAUAAUGUGUAUAUAUAUCAAGACAUUUCAAAUAAUAUCCUCUCCCUCCCUCUCUCGUUGUACAGGAUUCCUGCCUGACUACCUGCUGCCAACCUAUGAGGAGGUAGUUGACAGCCCUGCCACUCCUCCCCCUCCCUACGGUCCCCCUCCAGUUAGCCUCUCUGUCCACUCAGCACCCUGACUGAUUGAUGAGGAACAUUAUUUAUUUAAUCCAUUUUAGAAUAAGGCUGUAACGUAACUAAAUGUGGAAAAAGGGAAGGGGUCUGAAUACUUUCCGAAUGCACUGUAUGUAGCCUUAUCUUAAGGUGGUGACGCACUGACCCUAAAAGCCUGGAGUCUCACUGCUGAGCCACACAAAGGCCAGUAGAUUACAGAGUUAUGCACAGUUCAAAUGCUGAAUUUAUGGCAAGUCGAUCUGAAUAGAAACUAAAAGUGGGCUGGCACAGUUGAGAGCUUUUCUUGACAUACGGAUUGGUUUCAUACAACCGCUCAAAACACUGCAGACUUCCUCAUUGGUUUUGGGUCGAAUUCAGGCAUAACAGCGACCUCUUGUUCUUUUUUUAUAUACCGUUUAUUUAUUCAGACGAGACAUACACGGCCCAACAUCAACAUUUGA